CGCACAGUCAGGUACAGCAACAGCUAAGAGUGAAGAAGGAGAAGAACAACAAGAACAAGAAGAAGAAGAAGAAGGAGAAGAACAACAAGAACAAGAAGAAGAAGAAGGAGAAGAACAACAAGAACAAGAAGAAGAAGAAGAAGGAGAAGAACAACAAGAACAAGAAGAAGACGAAGAAGGAGAAGAACAAUAAGAACUACAUAAGAAAGAGAAGAAUCCUCUUCAUCACAGCACUGAAGAUCAACACACAGCGGACUGAAAGGAAACUCAGCCAAGAUGUCUGCAGCUAAAAACGUAGCCAUCGGCAUCGACCUGGGCACCACCUACUCCUGUGUGGGGGUUUUCCAGCACGGAAAAGUAGAAAUCAUCGCCAACGACCAGGGCAACCGGACCACCCCCAGCUAUGUGGCCUUCACUGACACCGAGAGGCUGAUCGGGGACGCUGCCAAGAACCAGGUGGCUCUGAACCCCAGCAACACGGUGUUUGACGCCAAGAGGCUGAUAGGACGAAAGUUUGAUGAUCUGGUGGUGCAGGCCGAUAUGAAGCACUGGCCCUUCAAGGUGCUUUCAGAAGGAGGGAGGCCCAAAAUUCAAGUGGAGUACAAAGGGGAGAACAAAGCCUUCUUCCCAGAGGAAAUCUCCUCCAUGGUCCUGGUAAAGAUGAAGGAGAUCGCUGAGGCCUACCUGGGCCACAAGGUGUCCAACGCCGUCAUCACAGUCCCCGCCUACUUCAACGACUCCCAGCGACAGGCCACUAAAGACGCAGGUGUCAUCGCGGGACUCAACGUCCUGAGGAUCAUCAACGAGCCCACCGCGGCCGCCAUCGCGUACGGUCUGGACAAAGGCAAGUCAGGAGAGAGAAACGUUCUGAUCUUUGACCUGGGCGGAGGCACCUUCGACGUGUCCAUCCUGACCAUCGAGGACGGCAUCUUUGAAGUGAAGGCCACGGCCGGAGACACUCACCUGGGAGGAGAGGACUUUGACAACCGCAUGGUCACCCACUUUGUGGAGGAGUUCAAGAGGAAACACAAGAAGGACAUCAGCCAGAACAAGAGAGCCUUGAGGAGGCUGCGCACGGCUUGUGAGAGGGCCAAGAGGACCCUGUCCUCCAGCUCCCAGGCCAGCAUCGAGAUCGACUCUCUGUUCGAGGGCAUCGACUUCUACACCUCCAUCACCAGGGCUCGCUUUGAGGAGCUGUGCUCCGACCUGUUCAGAGGAACCUUGGAGCCGGUGGAGAAAGCUCUGAGGGACGCCAAAAUGGAUAAGGGCCAGAUCCACGACGUGGUCCUGGUGGGAGGCUCCACCAGAAUCCCCAAGAUCCAGAAACUGCUGAAGGACUUCUUCAACGGCCGGGAGCUGAACAAGGGUAUCAACCCGGACGAGGCGGUGGCUUACGGCGCCGCUGUCCAGGCUGCCAUCCUAAUGGGAGACACCUCGGGGAACGUUCAGGACCUGCUGCUGCUGGACGUGACUCCUCUGUCCCUGGGGAUCGAGACGGCCGGAGGAGUGAUGACGGCUCUGAUCAAACGCAACACCACCAUCCCCACCAAACAGACCCAGGUGUUCAGCACCUACUCUGACAACCAGCCUGGGGUCCUGAUCCAGGUCUACGAAGGGGAGAGAGCCAUGACCAAGGACAACAACCUGCUGGGCAGGUUUGAGCUGACGGGAAUCCCACCUGCUCCGCGAGGGGUCCCGCAGAUCGAGGUCACCUUCGACGUGGACGCCAACGGCAUUCUGAACGUGUCUGCGGUGGACAAAAGCACCGGCAAAGAGAACAAGAUCACCAUCACCAACGACAAGGGCCGUCUGAGCAAGGAGGAGAUCGAGAAGAUGGUGCAGGACGCUGAUAAGUACAAAGCUGAGGACGAGCUGCAGAGGGACAAAAUAGCUGCCAAGAACUCCCUGGAGUCCUACGCUUUCAACAUGAAGAGCAGCGUGGAGGACGAGAGCUUGAAAGGCAAAAUCAGCGAGGAGGAGAAGAAGAAGGUGAUUGAGAAGUGUAAGGAGACCAUCAGCUGGCUGGAGAACAACCAGCUGGCUGAGAAAGACGAGUACCAACACCAGCAGAAAGAGCUGGAGAAAGUGUGCAACCCCAUCAUCAGCAGGUUGUAUCAGGGAGGGAGGCCCACUGGUACUUGUAGAGAACAGGCAGGAGCCCACACCCAGGGACCCACUAUUGAGGAGGUGGACUGAAGGGGUUCUUCAUGUGGACUCUCCUCUGCUGGACUGUUAGGAUGUAACUGGAACUGUUUGAAACCCAGAGUCCUUCAGGAAUGAACAUGAGUGAUUACAUGUAAAUACGUCUCCCAUCACUGUUUAUGAUCCGCUGAUUAAAUGUAUUCAACACAAAAACCUCAAAUAUGGAACAAUGUUCCACUCUUUUCUAUUCUGAAUUAUUUUGUUGUUUCUAAAUAUGAUGGAACAUCUGAAUGUAGUUUUCAUCUAUAACUUGUUGGACAUUUGUUGGAAGAUUUGUACAUAAAUUAUCAUUGCUUAGUUUAAAAAGGUUCUUUAUCUGUUUGAUUUACCAUUAAAAGACAUUUUCCUUUUA